CUCCAAUGUCAAACAAAAAGAUAUCAACCCCAAUCAAAUCACCAUCACCAUCAACUCAUCAAAAUCGCAAUUCAUUUCUAACACCAUCACCAACUUCUAAAAAAGAUCUAGAGUCUUCAAUCAUCAAACGUGAACUGCGUCAAAAACUUGAUGCCUUUUUAUCUCUACGUAGAGAAUGGGAUGACGUUGUACUGUCACGUGGUUUGAGAUGUGCCAUGAAAAUUAUCGAACUUGAAGCUGAUAUAGACGCUACGUUUCAGUAUGCAAGUUUCAUUCAAGCUUGUAAGGAAGAAGAUGUUGAAUUGAUGGAUGGUUAUGCAUGGAAACAAUGGUAAGUUUGACGAUCGUUGAGGGUACGUAUGUAGGCCAAAGUCUACGAAUCACUCGAAGGACUCAAUGAUGAACUCGAGAAGUUAAUUCAAACAGCUUGUCGGCUCCAUGGUAUCAAAUCUACAUUCGAAAUUCCUGUUUGGACAACAUGGCCAUUACCUCGAUUUUGUGAUCAUUUGCUCAAAUCUUCUGGACUGUUCUCCGAUUCAAUCACCCUUUAUACAACCUUACGAGAUGUGAUCAACUCAGAAGAAGCAACACGUCAGGAGAAACAAGCGGCCUUGAGUUAUUGGGCUUGUCAACCUUUACUUCCUGAUGUAUCUGAACUCAAGGAAUU